CUUCUUCUCUGCUUCCGCAGAAACAGGGUAUUUGUCCGCAGAAUCCGGGAUUUCCGGGAAGAGCAUCACAAAUUACAAUAGCGCCAAUCGUGAUUGGGGGAGUGGGUUUCCGGCGGUGGAAACGCCGAGAGAGUUCGCAUUCAAGGAGAUCAUGGAAGCGACGGACCGCUUCUCCGAGCGGAGGAGAGUUGCAGAGGUGGAUUUUGGGACGGCGUACAGAGGAUUCUUGGCCGGAGGCGGGGAAAUUCUGGUGAAGAGGUUGGGGAUGAAGACGUGCCCGGCCCUGAGGACGAGGUUCAGCGACGAGCUACGGAACAUGGGAAGACUCCGACAUAGAAACCUCGUACAGCUCCGAGGCUGGUGUACAGAGCACGGGGAGAUGCUUGUUGUCUACGAGUACUCCCCCGCCCGUCUCCUCAGCCACCUACUUUUCCGGCACGGCGGACUCAGGUGGCACCACCGGUACAACAUAAUCAAAUCCCUCGCUUCUGCGAUUCACUACCUCCACGAAGAAUGGGAGGAGCAAGUGAUCCACCGGUGCAUCACAUCCUCCGCCGUAAUUCUUGACUCCGGCAUGAACCCGCGGCUCGGUUCAUUCGCUCUGGCCGAGUUCUUGGCUAGGAACGAGCAGGGAAACCACCACGUGGUCGUCGACAAGAACAAAUCCGUCCGCGGGAUUUUCGGGUACAUGUCGCCGGAGCACAUGGACUCCGGGGAGGCGACGGCCGCGGCGGCGGAUGUGUAUAGCUACGGGGUAGUUCUCUUGGAGAUUCUAACCGGGGAACCGGCGGUGGAUUUUCGCCGGCCGGAGGUGCUGUUGGUUCACAAGCUACAUAAGUUUGAGCAGAGCAAAAGGCCGUAUGAAGAUCUCGCCGACCGGCGGCUGGACGGCGGAGAGAUUAAUAAAAGCGAGUUUAUUCGGGCGGUGAGAUUGGGAAUUGCGUGUACACGAUCCGACCCGACCCGGCGGCCCAGCAUGAGGCAGAUUGUAAGGAUUCUAGAUGGACAUGACGAGUGGUUUGUUAAAAAUGGGCUGAGGAAGGAGACAGGGGUAAAAUGGAGAAAAAGAAAUGCUUCUUCUUUGUCACAUGUUAGAAGGAUGCAAGCUCUUGGCAUUCAUUGAAUUUAAUUUGGGUAAUGUGUAAAAAUAGUAUAGAUUCUCCCUAAAUAUUGAGAAAAUUAUGAAAAUGAAAUCAAUAAAAGUGAAAUAU